GUGGGACUUGUUAGUUUGCAUCCCGGAAGAGAAUGAGAGAAGUGUGUCUUAAACCAGCGGAACUGUUUUUGUUUUGAGUAUUUGACUUUUCUGUUUUCGGGAUUGAGUGUAAAAGAAAGAACCGGAAAUGGAAAAUGUGGUGUUGUCCAGACUUCCUCCUGCUGAAAGCAAACUGCUGGGAGUUCAGUCCCAGCAUAGAGAAGCUGCUGAGAAGUUCACCAGGGCUUUCCUGAACAGCAGCGUUCCUCGCCUGAGAUGUAAGGAGGCAGAAGACAUGCUGAAGCAUAAAGCUGUGAUGCUGCAGUUCGCUCGGGAGAGGAAGAGGAGAGGGACAAAGACGAAGGCUAAAGGACUGAACGCUAAAGAGAAGAGAGCACUGAGAGUGUUCCAGCUGAAACCUGAGCAUCAGAAGUAUGAUCUGUUCCUGCCGCUGCAUGAUCUGUGGAAGCAGUACAUCACUGACCUGUGUAACGGCCUCAGACCAGACAGUAACCCACAGGUGAUGCAGCAGAAACUCCUGAAGGCAGAUUUUCAUGGUGCUGUUUUAACAGUUGUUCGCUCUAAAUGCCCCUCAUACGUGGGCUCCACAGGGAUCCUGGUGCAGGAGCUGAAACAUGUAUUUAAGAUCAUCACGAAGGAGAACAGACUGAAGAUCAUUCCUAAGAGGAACAGUGUGUUCAGUGUGGAGAUGGGAGAUUUUGUCGCUCAUAUUUACGGCAGUAAGUUCGAGCUCCGCUCCAGUGAGAGAUCGGCCAAAAAAUUCAAGACCAAAGGCACCAUUGACCUGUGAAGAACCUCCUGAUGAUCACACUGUGGGUUCUACAGGGAGAACUCGCCAGCAGAUUCUCUAUCAGAGGCCUUCAGAACAUGGAAGAAGUUUAUUUUUGGUGGGUGGGUGAGAGAGAGAGAGAGAGAGAGAGAGAGACACACACACACACACACACACACACACACGGUUUAGUUCUUUAUACUUCUGUGUUGUAAUUUAUUAAGUUGUGAUUAGACAUGCAGCCUGUGUUCCAAUAACCUCCUCUUCCUCUCAUCACUCCCUCAGGAGUGUGUGAUUCAGCAGGAACACUCUCUCUCUCUCUCUCUCUCUCUCUCUCUCUCUCUCUCUCUCUCUCUCUCUCACACACACACACACACACACACACACACACACACACACACACACACACACACACACACACACACUGUACAGAAGUGAAUCAGCUGUUUACACAUCACCUCGAUUGUUAACUAGAUUUAGUUCUUAUCUGAGAUUAGUGCGUGAGGGGGAGAGUUAAACUGAAUUGGAACACACCCACCAUACCUUCUAUUUGGUUGUAUACCACUUCAGAACACCAGGUGGCAUCAGUGUUGGUGUUUACCUCCUUCAUGUUCACUGUAGAUGCUGAAUAAAUCUGUGUGUAUUAUUUAA